CAGGAGAAACCCGCAAUCACACGAGGCUGGAAGACACUCGCAGCGAGAAACUAAUCUGGGUGACAGCCUGCCGCGGCCAACAGGGGGCCAUCCCCUGGUUAGAUCGCCCAGUACCGCCCCGCGUCUGAAACGGUGUUUAAUUAAAUACCGUCAGCUGCCUUAAUUAUCUUUGUCUCUUCGGCCGGCCGCUUCUCAGAUGGCUUCUUCGUCUACUUCUCUUCCUCCCUCAGCGUCGCCCUUCUCGCCCCCUUCCUCAAUCCUCAUCGUUGGCUCGGGCGUCUUUGGGCUCAGCACCGCCCUGGCCCUCGCCCGGCGCCAUGUCUUUGCGCGGUGCUCAAUAACCGUCGUCGACAGGUCCGACCCUUCCCAGCCCGGCGCGUUUCCUUCGCCCGACGCCGCGAGCGUCGACACCAGUCGCAUCGUCAGGGCCGACUACGCUGAUCCAGCCUACGCUGCCCUGGCCGACGAGGCCCAGGCGGAAUGGCGCAAGCAAGACACACCCGCCAGCCUCGGUGCCCAAGGCCGCUACAACGAGACCGGGCUGCUCCUGGUAGGCGACGCUACGCCGCCUGAGCCCCCCGCCGCCGCCGCCCCAGCGGGCGAGGGUUCGAAACCCAAGCUGACCGGCCUGGACUACGUUCGCAUGAGCUGGGCCAAUGUCUCGUCUCUGGCAGCAAAGAACCCCGAGCUCGCUGCCCGCGUCCAAGAGCUGCCCGAUCCCGACGCCAUCCGCGCUGCGCUGGGGACAGGAGGCAGUUCCGGGUCGUGGGGUUACAUCAACAAGAACAGCGGCUGGGCGGACGCGACCGCCUCGAUGGCAUGGCUCCUCGACCAGGUGCAGCAGACCAGACGCGUGGACUUCGUCGCCGGCACCGUGGUCUCGCUCGAGCACGACGAGACCACCGUCACCGGUGCCAAGCUCUCCGACGGCCGCGUCCUGUCCGCCGACCUCGUGAUCGUCGCCGCAGGCGCGUGGACCGGCGGGCUGGUUGACCUGGGCGGGCAGGCGGUCGCCACGGGCCAGGUGCUGGGGUACAUUGACAUCACGGAAGCCGAGCAGGAGAAGCUCGCCAACAUGCCCGUCGUGCUGAACCUCUCCACGGGGCUCUUCAUCAUCCCGCCGACGGACCGCGUGCUCAAGAUCGCCCGUCACGCCUACGGCUACAUCAACCCGGUCACGCUCCCGCACCCGCCGCUGCCGCUCUCGCCCACGCACCCACCACCAGCAAACCCCACCGUAUCCCUCCCGCGCACAUCCCUGAUAGACAGCAACCUCUCGAUCCCCGCCGAAGGCGCGGCUGACCUGCGCCGGGCGCUGCGCGAGAUGAUCCCGUGGCCGGCGCUGUGCUCGCGGCCCUUCCGCCGGACGCGCCUGUGCUGGUACUCGGACACGGCGACGGGCGACUUCCUGAUCGACUACCACCCGGGCUGGCGCGGGCUGUUCGUGGCGACGGGCGACAGCGGGCACGCGUUCAAGUUCCUGCCGGUCAUCGGCGACAAGAUCGCCGACUGCAUCGCGGGCGCCUGCCCGCCCGAGUUCCGCGCCAAGUGGGCCUGGAAGGCGGCGUCAGCGUCAGCGUCAGCGGCUGGGUCUGGGUCUGGGUCUGAUUCUCUGGCGUGGUCGACGGUGGUCACGGAAGAUGGGAGCAGAGGAGGCACGCCGGGACUCGUGCUGGCUGACGAGCUGGCCAAGUCCCCGAAGGAGGUGCCGGCUCACGACUGACACGGUGGGCAUUGCGAUUCCAGAGCCGGAAAGACGGCGAGUGGGGAGAACGCGGGGAGCAGAAGGAACAAGCACGCACACGACACCACGACACCCACAAAAUUCACGGGGCAGUACAGCCAGGUUCUGAUCAAUGAGGUGUUAAUCGAUG